AUGGGUCUUAGCACAGACUUUGCGGGAUCGGGCAGAAUGCUUCAGGCUCGGGCACGUGACACCCGCCGGCUCUGGGAUGCACUGGACAACGUCUCCAAUGACCCGGAGUCUAGAGACGCCCUGCGCUUGGCCUUCACUAGGAGGGCAGCAAUGCGAGACGCCGUCAACGAGCCGCAUGAGGGUAAGCGACGCAACGAGGCCACGUGGAAAAUCACGAAGAUCCACUGGGAACGUUCCAGGUAUGUCUACGAGCUCUACUACAAGAAGAAGGCGAUUUCGAGAGAGCUCUAUGACUGGCUGCUGCAAGAGAAGUACGCAGAUGCCUCCAUAAUCGCGAAGUGGCGGAAGCCGGGCUUUGAGUACCUCUGCUCCCUUAUGGCCAUCGACAAGAGAAACACAAACUUUGGAACGACAGCCAUAUGUCGGGUGCCUUUGCACUUGAGGAAGGCAGGUGCUGCACAGCCGGCAGUCUCGACAGGCUGCAUCUCUUGUUCUUCGCAAGAGUGUGGGCGGCUUGGAGGGCCCAUCUGGUGGGACUCCCCGCGGCCAGCAGAUCUCAUCGGUUGGGCGAAGGCUGGCUGCCCAACAGCUGAGAAGCCAGGCAAGAAGCGCAAGGCGCAGGAAGAGGGCGAGGAAGCAGAGCUGGAAGCACGAGCCGCAGCGCUUCGGCGCGGCGUGAAUGCAGGCCUCAGGGCAGCCGAAGCAGAUGCAUUGGAAGCUGCUGCCGCUGCUUUCCGCGGAUCAGCAGAGAAGGCACCCCCGCUUCGCAUGCACGAUGGCGACGAGGAGCAGAAGGAAGGAAAUGAAGAUGGGAAUGAUGAGCCCAAUGAGGCAGAGCAAGAAGGCUGA